AUGUCUGAACGUGGAAAGAAAAAUGCGAAGCUGCUCCUCACGGUGAAGAAAACAAAAUCAGCCAAGGCUGGUCUUCAGUUUCCUGUGGGUCGUGUCUACAGGUUGCUUAAGAGAGGGAACUAUGCUGAGAGAAUAGGUCCCGGCGCUGCCAUCUACCUAGCUGCAGUGCUGGAGUACCUGAGUGCAGAGAUCCUGGAGCUGGCGGGAAACGCUGCGCAGGAGAACAAGAAAGCCAGGAUCCUGCCGCGACACAUCCAGCUGGCUGUGAGAAAUGAUGAAGAGCUGAACAAACUCUUCUCUUGUGUGACUAUUGCCCAGGGAGGGGUUAUGCCUUAUGUUCUUCCUCAGCUUCUUCCUAAGAGGACCAUAUCACUGAAACCGCGCCACAAAGGUGUCCAGUCGCAGGAGUUCUAG